AUGACCGCAGUGUACGCGCAUGGAGGCGGCCUGGUGACCCCCCACUAUGCCAGGUGGGAUCGGCGGGAGAGCGCGGAAAGCGGCUGCCGGACGGAGUGCAGCAAGGACGAGGAGGACGGGCAGCCCCGCCAGCUGACACCCUUUGAGAAGCUGAUGCAGGACAUGUCCCAAGAUGAGAAGGUGUUGAGGGAGAUCACGCUGGGGAAACGGAUUGGCUUCUACCGAAUCCGAGGGGAGAUUGGAAGUGGGAACUUUUCCCAAGUCAAGCUCGGGAUUCACUCCCUAACCAAAGAAAAGGUGGCCAUUAAGAUCCUGGACAAGACCAAGCUAGACCAGAAAACCCAAAGGCUACUAUCCCGUGAAAUUUCCAGCAUGGAAAAACUGCACCAUCCCAACAUCAUCCGUCUGUACGAAGUGGUGGAGACCCUGUCCAAGCUCCACUUGGUCAUGGAAUAUGCAGGGGGUGGGGAACUCUUUGGAAAAAUUAGCACCGAAGGGAAGCUCUCAGAGCCGGAAAGCAAGCUCAUCUUCUCCCAGAUUGUGUCUGCCGUGAAGCACAUGCACGAGAACCAAAUUAUUCAUAGAGACCUGAAGGCAGAAAACGUAUUUUAUGCCAAUAAUACCUGCGUGAAGGUGGGUGACUUUGGAUUCAGCACCGUAAGUAAAAAAGGCGAAAUGCUCAACACCUUCUGCGGGUCGCCCCCCUACGCCGCGCCCGAGCUUUUCCGGGACGAGCAUUACGUGGGCGUUUAUGUGGACAUCUGGGCGCUGGGGGUGCUGCUGUACUUCAUGGUGACCGGCACCAUGCCCUUCCGGGCAGAGACCGUGGCCAAGCUGAAGAAGAGCAUCCUGGAGGGCGCGUACAGUGUGCCCCCGCACGUGUCCGCGCCCUGCCUCCGCCUCAUCCGCGGGGUCCUCCAGCCCGUGCCCGCCGACAGGCACGGCCUCGACUCCAUCAUGAGCAACGAGUGGAUGCAGGGGGUGCCGUACCCCACCCCUCUGGAACCUUUCCAGCUGGACCCCAAACAUCUGUCUGAAACCGGCACCCUCAAAGAAGAAGAAAAUGAGGUCAAAAGCGCUCUAGAACAUUUGGGUAUUACGGAAGAGCACAUCCGCAACAACCAAGGGAGAGACGCCCGGAGCUCCAUCACGGGCGUCUACCGGAUCGUCCUGCACAGAGUCCAAAGGAAGAAGGCUUUGGAAAGCGUCCCGAUAAUGCUGCUGCCGGACCCUAAAGAAAGGGACCUAAAGAAAGGGUCCCGUGUCUAUAGAGGCAUAAGACACACAUCUAAGUUUUGUUCAAUUUUAUAAAUUGCGUUAAACUGCUGGUCAUUAUCCAAGAGCAUUGUUGCUGCUUUUAAAUUUUUUCAUGGACAACUUGGGUGGAGACAUUUUUGUAAUUUUUAAAUAAAUUUAAAUUUAAAAUAUGCAUUUCCCCCCCUUCCAACAAA